UCAAAUGAAGCAAAGUUAAAUAUUUAACAGAUAUGAAUAUGGUAACAAUGACGUAUAUGCAAAUUUAUGAUACCAUAGUGAUCAGUCAUAUAUAUUAUGUAUGUACAUAAUAUAUUUUUAAAAAGUGUUAAAAGGAUAAUUAUUAUUAUUACUGUCUAUAACUUUGUUUAUUUGGAUAUAAAAUUUUGAUCGGGAUAGGAGUAGGAAAAGAAAAGAAAAUAAAUUUGUUAUAAGUGAAUAAAGAUUAGAACGAAAAAUAGUUAAACGAAACAAUCAAAUGGGAAUUCAAAUAUGUAAUAUUAGAUAUUUAUACUUUAUGUUCCAUGUAUGGUAAUUAAAUGUGCUCAUCUAUAGUAUAAGUAUAGAAUUAGAACAAAAUAAUGAAUAGCAUACAAUUGGAUAGUUCUUCCGAGGAUGAGAAUGACAUAUAUGUCAAUUCUGUAGCACGUUUGAAAGCUUUACAGAACAAAGUUUGUAUGAAUCAUAAUACUGAAUUACAAAAAAACAAGAAGCAAAAUAAAAAGAAAGAGAGAAGAAAGCAGAGGAAUGCAGAAGAUUGUUAUUUUACUCAUGAUAUAACUGAAGAUUCAGGAAUUGUUUCUGUACAAGAAGAUUUAGAAAUUAUAUCUGUGCAAGAAGAAAAUGAUAUAUAUGCAAGAGUUUGUACAAAUAUUAGAACAGUAACAGAUGAUUCAAUAAUUUUGGAUUGUAAUAGCGAUGAAGAUAUAGAAAAGGAUGAAAAUUUUGAUGUAAAUGUAAAGAUCUUAUGGCAAUCUAAAACUAUUCACCGUUUAAAUAUACAUAACCAUGAUAAUUUUAGGAAAGUUUUCCAAUACUUUGCAAAUAUGGAAAACGUUUCUAUAGAGCAAAUUUUAAUAAUGAAAAAAGAAAAACGUAUAAACUUAACAGAUACUCCUUCCUCUAUAGGUCUUUCAAUCAUAGAUAUUCUUGGAGGGAUAGUAGAUGCAAAUGUGAUUCCUCAAAAUGAAUAUCAAAAUCAACAGAAUAGCAUAGAAGAAGACAUAUGUCAGAUCAAAGUACAAACUGCAAAUAAGGAGUCAUUAAUUAUUCCACUUAAGAAAAAUCAACAAUUUAAACUACUAAUUGGUAUUUGUGCCCGUCAAUGGGGCGUUAAUAAAUCUAAUAUUAAAUUGUACUUUGAUGGAGAACCCAUUAAUGUCAAUGACACACCAGAGAGUUUAGAUUUUGAACAAGAAGCAUGUAUUGAUCUUUGCAUUUCUACAAAAUAAUGUAUGAUUAUGUUAUUAUUAUAGAAAAAAAAGAACAGAAGAAACAAAGAAAAAUGGCAAAAUACAAGCUUAGAAAUGAAAUUGAAGAAGUAUUAUAAUAAUAUUAGAAGAAAAGGGAUAAAAUCAUAUAGAAUAUACAAGUGGGAAACAGAAACUUAUGUUUUUAUGUAUAUAUAAACCCAUUUUUAAUUUUGGUUAAUUAUAAAUACUAUACUUUUCAAAAGCUCAUUAAAAAGUAGAUUAAUAUAAAAUUAGAUUCAAUUCAGAAAUUUCAGUGAAAAAAUGGAUAUAAUUACAAUGUAAUAAAUAAAUAAAACUAACUUUUAAUAAGAAAAAGCCUCGUACAUUACGUAAAAACAAUGAGGAACUUGAAAAUUGUAUACCCUUUAUUCGAUUCAUAUUGCAUGUAUACUUUCAUGUAUAUCGCCUUAUCUUCUCGUUUCGCUUGCUGCCUCUAUCAUUUUCCUUAUCGUGGCGCUACUGUGGUGCGUUUUAGAACAAAUUACAGUCAUAUGACCGUCGUUACGCGAGAACGGCAUUACGGUUUUGUAGAUAGGCGUUGACUCUGUCCUCUGUCCUCUUGAAUUGAAUUUACCGAAGUUUUAACUUCUCCUGUAGAUUAUUAAAGUUUAUUCUUAAAUACAUUUACAAAGCUCACAUCAUGGCGCUCAGCGAUGCUGAUGUACAAAAACAGGUU